CUACUUCUUUUAGACCUCAUUAGCAACUUCGUGCAACUGCAUAUAAGCUCUCGAUCCUUAUCCUUUUCCUUUUUGGACUAUCGAAGAGAUGAAGGUGUAGUAAAUAUUUGUAAUCAUGUCUAGAGAAAUCGAAGAGAUAGGAGAAGAUAGAAAGAAUGUAACAAUUAGCAGCAAAUUAGAUGGUGGAAAAAAUCAUGAUAUCUAUAUUGUUGUUGGCAAAAAGGACUUGCAUGUUCUUCAAUGGGCACUUGAUCAUGCCAUCUCUCCAGGAGUUCACAUAUGUCUUGUCCAUGUUUUCCCUCCCAUAACCUACUUCCAUACACCAGUUGGGAAGCUAUCAAGAAAUCAGUUGAGCCAAGAGCAGGUGAAAGUGUACAUCAAUGAAGAGAAUAACAGGAGGAAGAAUCUCUUGGAAAAAUACAUGUCCCUAUGCAAUGAUUCCAAAAAGGGCGUACCUGUAGAUACUAUGCUUGUGGAGAGCAACUCACCAUCUAAAGCAUUACUUGACCUUAUCUCUGUCGUCAACAUAACCAGCCUUAUACUUGGAACUAAGCGAUCAACUUCCACAGGCAAGGGACAAGGAAUAGGUGAUUUUGUACAAAAAAAUGCACCACAUUCCUGUGAGGUUACGCUGGUUUCUGCUGGAAAAAGGAUUAAGAACGACCAACUAAAAGAGAGUUGUAAUUCUUACUCUCUUGGAUAUAGGCAUUCCAAAAGGAAUUUAUUUGAAUGCAUCUGCUUUCCCGGCAAAUAGGUAAAGAGUUUACACUCCAUCUAGUUGUAGCGCUGUGAUUCUUGAACUAUAACUUGGGUCUCUCUGUCCCCUAUGUAAUCGAAAAGAGCUAGGCACCUCUUGUAGCUUUAUUCAGUUUUAAUAGUCCAAUAAUAGCAUUUAAUAGUGCAAUAAUAGCAUUGCUAAUUGGAAUGUAAUAUCCGGGGGCGGCCCAAUGGUAAAGCCACUCAAGCAACUGC